CCAUCGUGGUGAUGCUUUGUACGCGGUGGUUUUUGCCUCUGCUGAUAAUCCCUGUACCGACCGCGCAGCCGUAUUUCCUCGUGCUUUUCCUGCUUUCCUUGAUUCUUCAUGCGCGCCCUUGCUUCUACUGCAUCAGCCUUCUUACGGCGCUGUUCAUGUCAUCCUGCUACUGGCAGCCAAUCUCUAUAACCAGUCCUCUCGCCAGGCCAUGGUCAGAGAACAUCACCACUUUCUCUGAUGCAUGGGAUGCCACUGUGCAAAACUUCGACCUCUCCAUUCCCAAGCCCACUGUCAUGCGCCUGACAGAUCGGUGUUGGGUUGACUGGUCUUUCGGCGGGAUGUUCAAGCCGUUCAAUGUCACAGAGUGGGAGAGGGUCAGCAUCCUCAAGGUGCAGCUGGAGAUGGUGAAAGAGGAGAAGGAAAGGCUGGAGAAGACCUUGACAUCAAGGAAUACAUCCGACGCUCUGGAUAGUUCAUCUGGACACGCAGACCUUCACAGCUCUUCCACCGAUGCGACCAAACAAAAUGACGCUGCCGGGUCCGAUUCUGGCUCUCCCUCACCAUUUGGGACGCGGUUGCGCGACAUGUUCAGUGCUUCGAUAUGGAGGCGGUCAACAAGUGCAGACGCAAGCUCUCCUUUGGGUGUGCCGUUACCUGCUGGCGAGGCCGCCUCUGAAGAGGCACCCUCAACCACCGAUACCACUUCCGCCCCGCCAGAGCUUCCAACCUUACGGCCGAGUUUGCCUUGGCUGAGGAGGGAAUACGACCUUCGUCCCUAUGGGUUUGAUGUUAUCUUUGAUCUGGGUUGGACUCCCUGA